UCUAAUCCGUAUCUCGGUUUCCUCUUCGGUUUCUCUCCUUGGUUCAGAUCGUCUUUUCAGAUCAGGGGGAGAAAAGGAGAGAAGUGGGGGAGAGAUGAAGGAGGCGACGGCGUCGGGGGGCGGCGCGGCGGCGGGGCCGAACGACCCGAGGCAGCCGGGGACGGCGAGGCCGUACGCGCCGCCGAAGCUGUCGUCGCAGGACCUGCCCGUCGACUACGCGGGCUUCCUCGCCGUCGUCUUCGGCGUCGUCGGCGUCAUGCUCCACGUACGUUCCAGCCAACCAGGCAGUCUCGGCCACGCGUUGCUCGCCCUCGCGCCUCCUAUCCGCCUACGCCCCCGCCUGCGCCCCAGUCUACGCCCCAGUAUUUUCGACCUCUCGUCGUCUUGGUCCUCGUCGGCGUCAUGCUCCACUACAAGGUUUGCUCGUGGAUCGCCAUCAUCUUCUGCGCGCAGUCGCUGGCGAACAUGAAGAACUUCGAGAAUGACCUCAAGCAGCUCUCCAUGGCUUUCAUGUUUGCUGUCAUGGGUUUGGUGACGAACUAUUUUGGGCCUCGUCCAGGCGCGGCAAAGCGCUAGCUAAUCCGCACACCAUGGGCUGUAUGGAUUUUUCUUGUUAUAUUUCUGAAUCUUUGAGUCGUGCACGCAUCAAAUGUACCACCACCUCAUCGGUUAGGGACCGAGACAUUGUAUUAUGAUGCUUAGUAAUUUACUUGCUCUUCCAGUUUGGUUA